CCGCAGGGUCCCUGCCCCGGAGCACAGCCAUGGGGGGGUUGGGGGGGGGGGGGCAGGCCGGGGCCGUGCCCCCCCAGCGCCCGCUGUGCCCCCAGGAUGCGCCUUCCUCACCUACUGCGCCCGCGAGUCGGCCCUGAAGGCGCAGAGCGCCCUGCACGAGCAGAAAACGCUGCCGGGGAUGAACCGGCCCAUCCAGGUGAAGCCGGCCGACAGUGAGAGCCGAGGAGAGGACCGCAAGCUGUUCGUGGGGAUGCUGAGCAAGCAGCAGGCGGACGAGGACGUGCGCAAGAUGUUCGAGCCCUUCGGCACCAUCGACGAGUGCACGGUGCUGCGCGGCCCCGACGGCACCAGCAAAGGCUGCGCCUUCGUCAAGUUCCAGAGCCACGCCGAGGCCCAGGCUGCCAUCGCCGCCCUGCACGGGAGCCGCACGCUGCCGGGCGCCUCGUCCAGCCUGGUGGUGAAGUUCGCGGACACGGAGAAGGAGCGGGGGCUGCGGCGCAUGCAGCAGGUGGCGAGCCAGCUGGGCAUGUUCAGCCCCAUCGCCCUCCAGUUCGGCGCCUACAGCGCCUACACGCAGGCGCUGAUGCAGCAGCAGGCGGCCCUGGUGGCCGCGCACUCGGCCUACCUCAGCCCCAUGGCCACCAUGGCCGUCCAGAUGCAGCACAUGGGCACCGUCACCCCCAACGGGCUCAUCGCCACCCCCCUGCCCCCCUCCUCAGGAACCAGCACGCCGCCGGCCAUGGCCGCCACCCCGGUGCCCGCCAUCGCAGCCCCGCUGAGCGUCAACGGCUACAGCCCGGUGCCGGCACAGCCCGCGGGGCCGCCCGCCCCCGAGGCCGUCUACACCGGGGGGGUCCCCCCGUUCCCAGGUGCCCACCGCCGGCCACCCCCCCCUGCCUGCCCCCCCCGCUGCCCCCCACCGCCCCUAACAGCCCCCGCUCUGCCCCCAGCCCAGAGCCCCGCCGCCCCCGGGGACCCCCUGCAGCAAGCCUACGCCGGCAUGCAGCACUACACAGCCGCCUACCCCGCAGCCUAUGGGCUGGUGAGCCCGGCCUUCGCCCCCCCGGGGCCCCUGCUGGCCCCCCCGCCCCCCCCGCAGCAGCAGCAGCGCGAAGGCCCCGAGGGCUGUAACAUCUUCAUCUACCACCUGCCCCAGGAGUUCGCCGACACCGAGAUCCUGCAGAUGUUCCUGCCCUUCGGCAACGUCAUCUCCGCCAAGGUCUUCGUCGACCGCGCCACCAACCAGAGCAAGUGCUUCGGCUUCGUGAGCUUUGACAACCCGGCCAGCGCGCAGGCGGCCAUCCAGGCCAUGAACGGCUUCCAGAUCGGGAUGAAGCGCCUCAAGGUGCAGCUCAAGCGGCCGAAGGACGCCAACCGGCCCUACUGAGCCCGGUCUGGAGGUGCCGGAGCAGCACCCUUGGGUGCCCCCCCCCAGUUGCAGAGCAGCCCCCCCUGGGACACCCCAGUGGUGCCCGUGGGGGGCUCAGUCCUGCUGGCGGGAGGGGGGGGGGGGGCACACACAGACCCCCCCCACAUGCUCAGGAAGGAUGGACACCCCCUCCUCCCCCCCCGGACCAAUCUGGACACCCCCAGCACCCCAUGUCCCGUCAGCCUGGGGGGGGGAAUGGGAUGGGACCCCCCCCUCCCCAUCACCCCCACUGCCCCCAGGGGGGAACCCCCUGCUUGGAGCUUUUUUCUCACCAAACAGGACCAAAACCAGCUCCAGGUGGGGGGGGCCACCAUGGGGUUGGGGCGGGAGGGGGGAACGACACAGGGGGCUGGGCCUGGCACGCCCCCUCCCCCCCCCUUCUCCCCCCCCCCAAGACCCCAGGGUGAGUGGGACCCCCCCCAACACACACACACUGCCACCCCCACCCCCUCCCCGUUCUGCCCCAGCCCCAACCUGCCUCAAUCCCCCCCCCCCCCCCCAUGGGCACUGGGGUCUGCCCCCCCCGGCCUCCCCACCCCCCCCAACGGCCAUGGCCAAGGAGCAGCCGAGCCUGGGACGCGCCAAAACUGCACCAAAAGUCGGGGUCUGGCAAACUGGGGUGCGGCAGCAUCAGGAUGUGCCGGAACUGGGAUGUACUGGAAUGAACUGGAACAAACUGGGAUGUGCCGGAACAAACUGGGAUGUGCUGAAACUGCACCAAACGUCAGGAUGCAGCAAGACCAGGAUGCAGCAGCAUCGGGAUGCGCAGCAAUUGGGAUGUACUGGAACAGACUGGGAUGUGCUGGAACAGACUGGGAUGCGCCAAAACUGGGCUGUACUGGGACAAACUGGGCUGUGCUGAGACUGGGCUGUGCUGCAAUGGGGAUAUGCCCGGCCUCGCACGCAGGCGCUGCCCCAGGGACUCGCCGCAUGGCACCGGGAGCUGCGCCCACCGGGAGGGUCCCGGAGCAGCGCGGCCACGGAGCCCCCGCGGCCACCGGCGUCAAACGGGGACACGGCCAAAACCGCCAUGGGGCCAAAUUUGGGGCCGAUUUGGCCCAAACGGCGGUGCUGCCCAGUGCUGCUGCCGGUGCCAGUGCCCGGUGCCAGUGCCCCCCUCCCCAGCCAAACCCGGGGGAGGAGGGGGUGCAGCCAUGCCCUGGGUCCCCCCCCCUCCCCGCUGCCCCCCCUGUACAUAACUCCGUUGGCCGGGGGCGCGGGGGCGCGGCCGCUCCUCUCUUUGUCUCUGUCCCCCCCUUUUUGGGGGUUUGGUACCUGCUGAGUCGGUUUAGAGGGUGGGGGGUGGGGGGCGCGGGGCCGGUAGCGCGGGGGGCACAGACCCCGGGGAGUUGACGUCUGCGGUGGAGACACCGGCGCUUAACUUAUUUGCUAUUUAUUGCGGUUACUUUGGAUAAUUUAAUUAUUUUUUUUCUUUUUUUUUUUCCUCCUUUUAUUUUUUCUGUCUAAAUAAAAGUUACAAAAAAAAAACAAAAA